AUGGCCUCGACUGGUGCCCAAGAAAACGCACAAGUGCCUGCAAGCCCACAGCGGAGAGGAGGCAGAGGCCGUGGACGCAGCAGAGGUGGAAACGGCGGGGCAGAAGAUGGCCACGAUAGCUUUGGGGGGAGGAGACGUGGACGGGGCGGCUUCCAAAGUCGUGGACGAGGUCGCGGCAACAGAGAUGGCGCGGGCGGUCGUGGUGGACAUGCGCCAGAAAAGGGCAAGGCGCCUGCGAUAGAGGUAGAAGAGGGUGGACAGGCUCCACCUGCUCUCGCGAAGCCGAACCUACAGCAAUCGGACAAUGAAGACGACGACGCCGAAGUCUGCUUCAUUUGCGCCUCGCCCGUUCAGCACACAGCCGUUGCUCCUUGCAACCACCGGACAUGCCACAUCUGCUCUAUCCGAAUGCGCGCCCUGUACAAGACGAAAGCUUGUGCGCACUGCCGAACAGAAUCAGACCACGUUAUCCUCACAGACGACGCAGAGAAGAACUACGAGGACUUCUCAACCGCCGAGUUCUUCCGAUCCGAUGACACUCUAGGCAUACAUUUUGAGAAUUCUGGCGUUUUCGAAGACGCGCGAUUGUUGCUACAGUACAAUUGCCCUGACAGCGAGUGCGACGUCGCCUGCCUAGGCUGGCCAGACUUGCAUCGCCAUGUCAAGACGGCGCACGGGAAAAUGAUGUGUGACCUGUGUACACGAAACAAGAAAGUCUUCACGCACGAGCACGAGCUAUUCACACAGGCCGAUUUGCGAAAGCACCAGAAGUUUGGCGACGAUAACCCUGGAGCAAUAGAUCAGAGUGGCUUCAAGGGACAUCCGGAAUGUGGCUUCUGCAGACAACGCUUCUAUGGCGACGAUGAGCUUUACACUCAUUGCAGAGACAAGCACGAGCGCUGCCACAUUUGCGAUCGCCGAGAAGGGGGGAGCAGAAAACAGCAAUAUUUUGUCAACUACGACUCCCUUGAGGUGCAUUUCCGGAAGGACCACUUUCUUUGUCCUGACCGGGAAUGCUUAGAGAAGAAAUUUGUCGUGUUUGAUUCCGAGAUGGAUCUCAAGGCGCAUCAGUUGGAAGUGCAUCCCAACGGUCUUUCCAAGGACGCGUUGCGAGAUGCUCGCAGAGUUGACAUAUCUGGCUUCCAAAUCAGAGCGCCGCACGACCAAGGUCAGGGCAACAACAGGCGAGAUGAGCGUAGACGCGAGGGCGGCAGAGGUCGUGGACGUGGACGGGAUCCGAACGCAGAGCCGGUGCCUGCGUCGUCUGCGCAACCUUUGAGCAGAGCAGAGCUCGCCUACCAGAGGCAGAGGGAGGCUCAGAAUACUCAUUCAGUCACUGGAAGAACCUUCGGUGGCCAACUAUCUGCACCAACUCCGGGUGAGGCGUUCGCUGCCAGGCCUCCCCCAAGUGCCUCAGAACCUCCUACUGUAACAGCCUCGCGCCCGGCGCCAGCGGCUGCAGGCAAUAUCACGAAUGGUGUCGCUCAGUUGAGUGUGAACGAACAACCAGUCAACCCGGUCCCACAAACACCUCAAGAACAGGCUCGACUAUUGCGCCACAACGCAGUCACGGAACGAGCCACAAACAUGCUUCGAGGUAGCGCGAUCAAGCUGCAGGAGUUUAGAACUGCAGUUUCAGCUUAUCGGAACUCUAAUGUGUCGGCAGCGCAACUGAUCGAGGGAUUCUUUGCAUUGUUUGACGCCAACUCGAAGGAGAUAGGAAAGCUGAUCAAGGAAUUGGCAGAUAUCUUUGAAAUUCCAGCAAAGCGGGAAGGUCUCUUGAAAGCGUGGAACGACUGGAAGGCUAUUAACGAAGAUUACCCUUCAUUGCCGGGCUCUGCAACAGAACAAGCGUUGAACGGCGGAUCAACUGUGCGGGGAGGCUCUCGUGUACUGAAGCUAAAGAGCUCAACAGCUAAAUCAUCCCGAUCUACAGCCAACCAGCAAGCCAGCUGGUCGAACGCAUCGUCGAGCAAUCCUUUCCCAGCUCUACCAGCGCCAGCAGGUCGCGUCGGUGCGAAACCUGGACAGACGCCUUGGGCUUCUUCGUCGGCCGCAACGAGCGCACGUCCUUCGCCCAUGCCAUCUCGAGUUGCGUCGUCAACAAAUGUCAAUAAGAAGCCUGUUGGAGCGGACGCCUUCCCUGCUCUCCCAGCAGCCGCAAAACCCACCAGCACACUCUUUAGUCCAGGAUAUACCGGCCGCGCUCUAACGCGCGAUAACAGCGGCCGCAAUACACCAGUGAACAAUCCUUGGGCCGGCCCAUCUGGGGCAAACAGCGGAACAUCAACGCCAGCUCUGGAGGACGUCGGUGCGGCAGGGAAGAAGAAGGGUAACAAGGGCAAAAAGCAAACACUCUUCCAAUGGGGUUAG